AUUCGAUCAGAAUUUAUUUUUUAAUUUUUAAAUCCUGUUUCUAAUCAUAUUUGCUCUAUAAACUAGAGCAACAUUUGGUUUGCUCAGAAUUAUCUCAACAGAAUACCUACCUUCAUAUAACGUAUUUAAUAUAAUACUUUUAAGAAUCGCAAAAUUGUGAAUGUCUAUUUUAUAGUCAACUAACUAUUUUUUAUUGUUGAAUAUUUUCUUUUGUGAAUACUAAAGGGAACAGGAUAAUUUUCUGUAUCUCAAAAGUUUUCUUGACGGUCCUAUUUUGAAUACUAGAUUUUGAAAAAAAAAAAAAAAAAAGCGUUGUGAUCACUAGGAAGUGAAUCCGUAAUUUUAUGUUUUAUCAAAUUCGACCCUCAUUUAGCUAUAAUUUAACACUUUAUUAACCUGUUCCAAGUCCCAAAUUGGAAUAACUUAUCAUCAUAUUCCUCUUGGCAUGCAACGGCGAUCGUCGUCACGUGAAAGUACCAAAAAUCCUUCCACUAAACCAAAAAGAAGGGGAAAACAAUCUUCUAUAGAAUUUUCGACUAAAAACGCAAAGCGACGCCGUGACACCCAUGCUUUGCCGGAUGAAGAAAUUGAAACCAUUUCUGAUGAUGAAUCUACACCUAUAACUCCCGACUCGUCCUCUUUAUGGUUUGAAAAGUAUCAACCUACAAAGUCAUCUGAACUAGCCGUACAUAAAGGAAAAGUUAAUGCUAUACGACAAUGGAUGACAGAAAAUAUUCCAUUCAGCCGUUUACUGGUAUUGUCAGGUCCUCCAGGAUGUGGUAAAACCACUACUGUUCGUCUAUUAGCUCACGAGAUGGGCGCUAGUCUGGUUGAAUGGUCAAAUCCAAUGGACACAAGAUUGAUAAAUCAAGAACAUGAUUAUGAACAAUUUUCACUUAGUGAAAAGUUCCGACGCUUUAUGUCUUUAGCAGAAACGUAUCCUGAAUUGGAAUUGUCUUCAUCUACUAAGGCUCCUAAAAAAACGAAUUCUUCGGAAGAAAAAAAGUUUAUUCUUUUAGACGAAUUACCACAUUUAUCAAAACAAACCGGUACCUUGCAAAUGUUUCGAGAAGUCCUCCUUUCCGCUUUGCAAUCUAGAGGCUCGUAUUCUAUUAUUCUAGUUUUGACCGAAACUAAACAAAUAAAUUCGGAGGGAAAUAAUUUCCAAGAAAAAGAAUUGAAUUCUGGAACACAAAUCCUUGGCCCCGACCUAGUGGAGCAUCAUCAUGUUUCCAUCAUUCAGAUGAAUCCAAUUGCUACGACGUUUAUGAAGAAAGCUAUAGAUAAUAUUUUGAAAAAAGAAAAGAUUCUAGUCCAAUCGAAGAGUUCAGCAUUUAUUCAAGAAUUGAUAAGCGCCAGUGAAGGUGACUUAAGAAGUGCCCUGAACGCUCUUCAGUUCUAUUUACCAAAAGAAAAUCGACAAAGAAAAUCUUUUGGAAAAAAUGAAAAUUUAAAGAGCCAAACGGAAGUAUCCACAGAAGCUUCCGAAAUGUUGAAUAGAAUUGCUAGUAAAAAGGAUUCCCCUUACUCUGCUUUAUCGACUUUUCAGUAUAAACAAAAUGUUGAUGAUGAAGAUAAACAAAAAGAAUUUCAAAAGGAUAUCGGUUUAGGAAUGUUACAUGCGCUGGGAAAAGUCGUUUGGAAUAAACGAGAAGGAGACGAUGAAAUACUUUCAUUAAAUAACCAAACACAUUCAAAUCUAACUUACAAUAAAGAAAAACUACAACAGAAAGGAAGUGCCGUCUUUAAUUUGUCUUCAAAAGCAAACGACAUAGAGAAACGUCCAAGUUUAGUGGACAUCAAGACAACAAUUGAGCAAGCAGGCCUUUCAGGGUCCAUGUUUCGUUACGGAAUUUUUGAAAACUAUCUCGACUCUUGCUUAAAUCAAAUGGAAGCUCAUUCCGUAUCUGACAUUCUAAGCUUCGCUGACACUAUGGCAGUCGAUUACCCGUAUUCGUAUCGAGCAGACGAAAUGUCUUUAUGGUUUGCUAUUCAAGGAACUCUAUGGUACCUUCCAUCGCCAGUCCCUAGGAAAUGGAGACAGCUAAAAUUUCAUAGAUGGCGAGAAGAAGAGAUCCCCAACAAACCUUCAGAUGACUAUUUGGCCAUUUGCGGAAAGUCCUCGGCAAUUAAAUAUGUUGAAACCCUCAUUAAUGAUGAAAACCAAGCCUUGGAGGACCCCGAUGACCCUAUUGAAGAUGAUGAUUCUGCUUAACGAAUAUGAUUUAUGGUCACAAUCACAACUAACGAACAUAUCAUAAUAAAGAAGAAUACUCUAGCCAAGAUAAAUUAUAUUUCACUUUUUUCUUUUUGCUUUAGUUAAAUAAUACCCUCAUAUCUCUUAUACCCACUAUACAACAUAACGAAAUUAUAAAUUGAGCCUUGCCUCAACUAAAAAAUACAAACAUUAAAGAG